UCUGUGUUUACGCAUGUAUAGUGUAUUUGUGUGCAGAGUGGAUAGUCGACAAGAAAAAAUUCUGCCCAGAAUUUUAAGUGGUGUCCAACAUCUUCAUGUCAUUAUUUCUACUUCAGUUAUAGUUACAAUGACGAUAUCAUAGCGAUUUUGUCCAGUUCGUAGGGUGGGAAAACCGUGUCUGUUGUGCAGUUUUUAAUCUGUCCUUGAUCUCGUCUUCCACGUUGUUCUUAACGAAACACCAACACCAACCACAGUUCCUCAAGUUUGUUCGAGCCGGAGUUUGUCACAAACACCAACUGCAUCAUCCCCACGGGCCAUCUUUCCGCUCCAGACAGUAGAGUACACAAAACAUCUUGAAGUUCACAGACGAAAUAGCACAAUUUCAACAUGUUGGCAACACAGAAACCACGCAGGACAAGGGAGUACACAGGCCCAACUCCAAGCUCAGUUGCAAUCAGGGCAAAAAUGCCAAGCAAGCUUCCCCCAGAUCACCUGAUCCUUGAAAGACGGCGUCAUGAUGAUGCUCGAGAGGAAGCCGUUGCAGCAACAAAAUAUAAUGCUCUCUGCGACUUGAAAAACGAUUGGGAGCGCAGCACAGAUCGACGAAUCCAGUUGAACACUGUAAAGAGGAAGGUGAAAGGCUUGAUGCUUGAGCAAGAGUUUACAUUAGAAGAUCGCAGAGAAAGACUACGUGACAUGUUGGCUGCUGAAGAGGCCAAAUACCUUGAAGAGAUGGAAGCUAGCCAAGAAACAAUGCUGGAGCGUCAAGCAAAGAUGCGGGAGCGGGCCAAGUUUCUUAAAGAAAAAAGAGAAAAAGAACGGCUUGAGGUUGUGGCUGAGAAACUGGACCAAAGAUGGAGAGAGGAAUGCGAGGAGCUUCGAUCUACUCUGUCACGUCGCCACAUGGAUGAGGUGUGCCUGGAGAGAAGUGACCAGCUACGUAUCAAGGCUGAGAUUGAUGAGCAAAACAAAGUACAUGAGCAAAUGUAUGCAGACCUGUGGCACCAAGACAUGUUGGCCAAGGCAGCCAGGGAAGAGAAAGAGGCACAGGAGAGACAUGCAAGGAAUCGAGAGACACUCGACACACUUCAGAAACAGAAAGCUGCCCUUGAGGCUAAGAGGCUGGAGGCUAAAAGACUCAAAGAAGAAGAAGGGAGACUGCUGAAAGAGGAAAGGGAGCUCCGUAAAAUGGAGGAACAGCGUGCGUACCAAGAGAAGCUAGCCAAGCAGGAGCAGGCCAGAGAAGACAUUGCUAUGAACAUCCGCCUCAAGACCAGGAGGAAAGCUAAAGAGAUGCAAGAGGAGUUAGCCCUUGACAUGAACAUCCUUGAGAAGCUUUUGAGUGACUCAAGGAAUGAAGCACAGGAGAUUGCUCAGAGGAAGAAAGAGCUGCGGGAGGAGGACCAACGCUACCGUGCAUACCUCAAGCAGCAAGCAUGUGAUGAUGAGGAACAUGACAGGGAAAUUGAUGAGCUUGUCAAUGCAGAGGUUAAGAGACAGUGGCAGAAGAGACUUGAUGAGUGGGCAAGGCAGAGAGAGGCCAGAAAGAGACUCAUGGACAACGUUCUGGCUGUACGUCGACAACAAGUGGAAGAGAAAUUGGCACGCAAUGCCAAGGCUCAAGUUGAGCUCGAGAAGGAGCGAGAGCUGAUGCAGGCAGCCAUGGACGAGCACAACCGCCUUGAGGAAGAAAAACUUGCCAGCAUUCGCAGGGAGAAUCUAGCAUACCAAGACAACCUCCUUGGCCAGAUAGAUUACACUAGAAGACAGAAGGAGGUCGGGCAAGAUGAAGAGCACAGGGAGUAUCUCAAAGGGAUGGAGGCUGAGGCCGAGUACCAAGCCAAGUUGAAGGAGGCCCUCGCCAGGCCGAUCAUUGACAAGAUGCACCCUAUGAGGAGGGCUCACAUGGCCAAGAGAGCUAGUGGGAUGUCACAGGCUGAUCUUCUAUGAGUGAAUGAUGAAGUAGCGAUUCCAAGAAAAGGAGGUGGGGUGUAACUGCUGGGCAUGGACCUCUUUAAAGACUUUGUUUUCAAAUCAGUUUUUGUUUUUACUUUCUUUAAACUGCUUCCUUUUUUGUAAACUUUAUCAAAUCAAUAAUUGUUAAAACGCAUCAAUAACUUUUUCCAGUUACCCCCUGUACUUCCAUGAUUUUUCAGGUUUAUUGGACAGUUUUUUUCCCUUAUGACAGAGUGACUGAUUGUAAAAAAAAAUUAAACCUAAUAAAACAAGAUUCAUUUUUAUUUCUUUGAUGUGAGGAGCUUCAGAUAUUAAGAAGGACGCUGUCUAUAUUACACGGGAUUGACAAGGAAUAUUGUUUAACUUGAGUCUGCAAGCUUGCUGAUUCAAAACAUGGGUUCCUACCAUAACAAUUCUUUUUGUAUGAAAUAUUUCCCUUAGAUAUGUACCUAAAGAAACCAGUAUCUGAAAACCCCCAAAAGGAAACAAAUGCAAUCAGGUGAUUUAGUUUAUUGUUACAACCAACAUUGAGGACAUGUCAAUGUGUUAUGAUGUGUAUACUAUGAUGAAAAUUGUGUAUGGUUUGUGAACUCUAUUUUAUCUUGGCUCGCACAACAGGUUAUGCCAACAUUCACAGGUUUGUCAUUGCAUGUACAUGUACAUGUAUAUGGUUGAUCACAUUAAACAUUAGCUUUGUCUGCAACCAUUUUAUUAGCUGACCAAUCCUAUAUUACCUUUAAGGAUGAAGACACUAUCAGGACCAGUUAACAAACUCGAGCACUGAUACAGCUGCUUGAAAGCAAAUUACUUCACAACAUUUUUCUGCCAAGCAAAACUAGGCGAGAUACAGUUACAUUUUGCUCUUUUGAAACUGUGUUUUAGCCCGUAAUUGUUCUGGUAAGCAUCAUUUUGUUGUGCUUAGCAACUUGUUAUGCUCAAGCAGCUCUAUGACAUUGGGCUAUGAUUUUUGCAGAAGUUACUUCUUCUAAAUGCAGAUUUGGUAAAAUUUUAAAACAUUUGAUUACCUCAGAGAUAUGGUUUGUAAAUCUUCUGAACCUGUGCCUUACUAGCUGGUUGUUUUUGAAGAAAAAUACAAAUUCAAGGUAGAAAACAAAGGUUUGUUGCUUUUAGUUUAUUUGUUGAAGUUGUAUUUUGUAAAUUUGUAAAUAUUUAUUGGUGCUAAACCAAAACCUGUGUAUCGAUAUUGUACAUAAUUUGAUUGCACAAAAAUUCAGCCAGGGAUUGUCUUCGCGUAGUAAUAAUAUUUGAUAAGAAUGAAACUUUUGUAUUACAACUUUGUUUUGAACGCCGUCCAUAAAAAAUUAAAGAAUUGUACAGUAUGAUUAUUAAUGAAACAUUUGGUUUUAAAAUUCUUCAUAUUUUAUUCCAUCCAGGAUAUCCAAUCCUUUUGUCUCUUUGUAAACAUUGUAAAUACAUUGGUGCAUUCAUUAUUUAGCUUGUUCGGUAUUAAUAAAAAAGACAAUUAUUUGCA